AUGGACUAUAGGAGGUACCUGCAUCUGCUGUGUAUAUGUGUGCGCAGGAUUGUGGGAGCAACUCUGCAGCACAUCACCUACACUGAGUUCCUCCCCUCUAUUCUUGGCCAGGGCAUUAUUGAGAAGUAUGGCCUGGCACUGCAAUCAUCAGGGUUCUUUGCUGGGUAUGACAUCAACAUCAACGCAGGCAUUGCCAAUUCUGUGUCGUCGCAGGCCCUCAAAUUUGUGGCCUCUCUCCUGCCAAAUACUGUGGCUUAUUUUGAUGAGGAGAAGGUGAAAGAGCGUCCCAUCACAGACACCUUCUAUGCUCCCUUUGACCUUUACAAGCCCAUUAGAGGUGAAAGAGUAAAUGAACUGUCAGAAAAUCUUAAUAGUCAGCUCAAAGAAAAAGUUGCUAAAUUUGUAGCAUUUUCUGUAGCAAUCGAUGAAAGUACAGACAUUACUGACAUAGCUCAACUAGCAGCAGUGUUCAUACGUGGUGUUGAUGAAAAUAUGCAGAUAUGGACACGUCACAGUUCUAUGGAGGCAGGUUUAAAGUUGAUUGUGACACAAAGCAAUUUGUAUGCAACACAACAAAAUGUAAACAAGCCUCUGAAGCUGGAUAAAGAUGAGACUGGUCCCAAUGCUGACAGGCUUUUCAAGGUUCGCCCAGUACUUGACCAUUUGCAAUCAAAAUUUCGCAGCAUCCCAAUGCAACAAAUGUGCUGCAUUGAUGAAAUGAUUGUUCCCUUGAAAGGAAAUUCUUACCUAAAGCAGUACAUCCCAUCCAAACCACACAAAUGGGGUUUCAAGGUAUUUGCUUUGUGUGAUACCUCUGGGAUCUUGAAUGACUUGCAUGUUUAUGAUGGGCCCCUAAAGCCAGUCCAAGGUGAACCGGAUCUGGGUCCAUCAUCCAAUAUAGUUCUGCAGUUGGCGCGCACAAUCCCAGUAAAUGCAAACCAUUUGUUAUACCAUGACAAUUGGUUCACAUCUCCUAAACUAAUGGCUCAUUUAGCAACGAAGCAGAUCUACUCUCUGGGUACUCUUUUCAUCUGCUCAACCUUUGGGAACAUGUAA